AUGGCUAAGUUAUCACAUGCGCCCGUUUGGCAAUUUCAAGAGCGAACACUCAACGGUGUCAAAUUCUCGCUCGCACAAGCCCUAACCAAGAGUACUACACACCGCCGCAUGCAACACACCAGUCCGAUAAAGCAAGCAAAGUCGUCUAUCGCCUGUAUACGAGGGGAGGGACCACUUGGAGCGCCACGUCGCACACUAGCCACUGACAGUGGUAAUACACCCACAGGCACAGCAGAGACACCCGUGCCUGUCUCACUCAUACACAAACUUCCCACCAAGAGAGGUAAGGUAGAUAUAGGCACGUUCCCAGUCGAGCGCAUCCGCAACUUCAGCAUUAUUGCGCACGUGGACCAUGGGAAAAGUACGCUGGCUGACAGGCUGCUGGAGAUGACUGGUAAGGUUUGGCACGCAAUCCGUGUCUGCAAGUAA